AUGCUUCACAUGCACCCUUUGCCUUCCAUUGUCGAUUUUACUCAAUUGUUGGGUGCCAUUGCAAGAAUGAAGCAUUACUCUGUAGUCAUUACUCUAAUUCAACAAAUGGAAUCAUUCAGAAUCUCUCCCAGUGUUUCUAUUCUCAAUGUUUUGAUUAAUUGCUUUUGCCAUAUGAGCCGGGUCGAUUUUGGAUUCUCUGUCUUAGCAACAAUUUUUAAACUUGGCUAUCAGCUAGACUGUAUAACUCUAACCACUCUUGUCAAAGGCCUCUGUCUUAAAGGUUAUAUUUCUGGAGCUGUGAGGUUGGUAGAGGAAAUGAAGAAGAAAGGGUAUGAGCCUAAUGUGAUUACUUGUGGAACAAUAGUAAACGGUUUGUGUAAGAUUGGCCAAACUGGUGUGGCUAUUAGGUUGCUCAGGAAGCUUGAAAAAGGGAAUUUUGAACAAAAUGUGGUGAUCUAUAGCACGGUCCUUGACAGUUUAUGUAAGGACAAAUUGGGAACUGAGGCUUUGAACCUUUUAUCUGAAAUGAUGAGCAAAGGCAUUCAACCAGAUGUUGUCACUUACAAUUGCGUAAUUCAAGGACUAUGCAAUUUUGGCCAGUGGAGGGAGGUUGCUACCUUGUUGAAUGAGAUGGGACAAAGGAAGAUCAUGCAAGAUGUGUGA